UAUAGUGUUUGCUGCCCCUGUUCUAUUAUUAUGGGUAUUCAUCAAAAUGAUCCAUCCUCCCAGAGCCUGUGACAUUUUGGAAGAGCCCCGCUUCAUUGCAACCUUAUCCUAUUUAAAUUUUCUUCGCUACCUAAAGCGCAGACAUCCACGUUUAGGACUUCGUCGCCUUCUUCAAGAGGCAGCCGCCCAAUGGAAUACGCUGACCAUUGGAAAGAAAAAUCUUUUUCAAAAGCAGCGCAUCUUGGCAAGAAUUGCCCGCUUUUCAACAGUUCGACGUCGGCUUGUGAUGCAACAUAACAAGAGGGGACCACGUCGGCAGUGUUUAGUUGAAGACGCUGAAUCUAGGCAAUAUACCCGCAUAAAAAAACCAAUUGGUAAAAAAAAAUGGUACUUACCUAUAUAAGUUAUUCUUAAUUGCUAAAAGUUUAAAACAAAUCCAAUGUUCUAAACUAGUUGUUGUUAACACAAAAACAAAAACCUGUUUAAAGAAAGAUUAUCAACGAUCUUGACCGUUAUACAUUCACAUUUCGUUUUAAUCA